GUUUCUGUUACAGGAAUAUCUCAUCCAUGCCCAAGGCCACCUCAUGGCAAAGGCGUUUCGCUCAUCCAUCCCACGUCGCUUGUAUCAGAACUGUCUUCAGAUCGAAGUGGAGUGGUGAAAAGUGGGACCAUUACAUAUGAGUGAUAUCAACUUUAUUCCGAAAUGGCCGAAGUCCUUGCACUCGAAGAAAGGUGGUUUGGAUUGGACUCCGAAGGAUUUCGACUUUCUGAUAUCAUCACUCGUGGAACGGGAAUAUUUGGACUAGUUUAGCUGCAGAUAAGAUGUUCACAAGUUUUAUUUAUGGGUUUAAACUUGCGAAUAGGACGAAUUUAAUGGAGUAUCAACCUGCGGCCCACUUGUAGCCCUCGCAGAAACGCAGCCUGAUGGAGGCCCUCUUCUGCAUACAACGACUAUAUUCUUGAAGCCCCUUCUUGCGAAUCGCUACAAAUUUUGAUUUCUUGGUCAGCCCAACUUGCUGCUAUCCGUAAAAUAAUUAAAGCUGACCGCUCUCACUCUCGGCCCCACGAUUAUCGAAGCAAUCGCUUCUUCUUCGACCACCACCAAGCUGCGAUGGCAGCACAACCGUGGCCCAAAUACCUCAUCCAAUCUUUAACAUCGGCCAAUCAACCACAAUUUACCACCAAUGAAAGCCUCCUCUACUAUCUGUUCGGCCUGGAGGGUCCGUUCGAGAUCUCCCCAAAAUAUCACAUUCCAGAAACUCCUCGAGAUGCGAGAGACGUCGUCUCCCUGUUCAUCGUCGAACUUAACAAGCACCCUGUAUUCUUCAUAAAGGUCAAGCUUCCCGCCAGCUUGGCACUUGCCUCCAAACGAAAGCAGGCGGAUGAUCAGAUGCGCGAUCGCUUCCGGGACCUUAGCCACCUUUUAGUCACCCUCCGUCUCCCUGCUAUCAGCGCAUUUGGCACCUUCCCAGUUGCCAUACUCGCCCACCCUGUCAUCCUCAAUGAUGUAGCCCCGGCCGAUCGAUGGAGCUGCGACCUCCUUGAUGCGGAUGGCAUCGCUCGUGUCCGCCAGGUUGCCCAGGAUGUUAGGACAACGUGUCAAGCCUUGGCCGAUUGA